AUGAUUACUACACGUAACAUCACAACUUCGAAUAACAUUCGACCACCACCAAACGUUUACAUAUCAAAUGAUGUAACUGAUGAGGGACUUAAUGAUCCAUUACCAAGUCCAUAUCUUCGAUCACCUAUUGAUGGCUCUAUUCAAUCACGUAAUCUUCCCGAAAGUUCUUACAUAAGACCUCAUAAAAACUUGACAUUUUCUUACGCGUCUUAUUUCAAUACAUUACAACAUGGCACCCUUGGAAAAAUUGAUAGUUUUCUUAUAGGUACACUUCAUUUGAAUUAUGAGAAACAUCAGCAAGUGAAAAGUAUUGAAUUAAAUUUCAAAGGAUAUGAAAGAACAUCCUGGACUCAAAAUCAAGGGAGAACAAAAUUUGUUUAUUCUGGUGAAAAUAUUAUCGCAGAAAAAAAUUAUAAAAUUUGGACACCAUCGAUUAAGGAUGAGACGGAAAUUCUUAAUUUAGAUGUUCCAUUUAAAGUUAAACUUCCUUAUGAUCUUCCUGAUACUAUAAAAACACAUCUCGGGGAAAUUUAUUACGUUCUUCGCGCAACUGUUAAUCUUAAAGGAAUUUUGCUGUCAUCAUCAACUCAUACGGUGGAAAUUCAUUGUCCUUUGAAACGAACUAUGGUGUUGGAUAAUGAUAAUAGUAAACUUUAUAAAUUUCACGGAGAAUCAGAUUGUCUUGCAUAUAUGUUUAUUCUACCUCCAGAAAAGAAUGUAAAUAUUGGGGUUUAUAUAUCUAUUCCAAUGAGAAUUCGUUUCUUGCGACCUGGAAUUAGUAUUGAAAGAAUCGAGCUCGCUAUUAAAACAAAUAUGAAAUUCCGAUGUAAUACUAAUAAUACAUGUAGAGUUUCUAAGAGAUCCGCAGAAGCAAUCAUACCACGUCAAGAAUUUCAAUACUUACAACCAGUUGCUAACAAUAUUAAAGGAGAUUGUAUUAAAACACUCAAUUUUUGGAUUCCUCGAGAAACUUUACCAACAUACUAUGGUCGUUAUAUUACAAUUUCUCAUGUAUUUUGUAUUAAGAUUAUUUUAUCGGGUAUUGAAAGAACAGUUCAUAUUGAAGAGAGUAUAAAUAUUGCAAAUAUUCAUAAGAUCAAUUACCUCGUACAAAACUCUAUUGAUUCGGAUUCGAUUAGUUUUGAAGAUCGAGACAUUGAAGCGGCAGCAGCAAUUGUCGCCCAACUUUAUCAAUCGCAUAUUAAAAAACGGGCACAAUCUUUAUCAGAUGAUAUAUCGUCGCCUUAUCUUUAUGACGG